GCCAAGUAUGGAGCCUUCACAGUUGGCCCAGCUGGAAACCAUGUGCAAUGCCCUUUACAAUGCUCGUUCAGAGGCAGAGAGGGCACAAGCUCAUCAGACCUUGUUACCGCUGGUACAGAAUCCACAGUGCAUGCCGCAGCUUCAAUUUGUGCUGGCACACACCAGUAGUCCCCAUGCGCUGAUUUUUGCAGCCACCGGACUGAUGAAGUUGAUCACUUCACACUGGACCUCCGUGUCAGACCAGCAGAAGGAAGAGAUGAGGAACUUUUUGUUGGACUACCUCGCCAAGAAUGGCCCGGAUUUGUACAGAAGUGCACCCAUGGGCGUGUCACCAGUGGUCAGGCCUGUGGCGGAGAUCCCAAGAGGUGGUGAAAUUGGCUUGGCUAGAAGGGCCCGGGGCCCUUUUUUAAGGCCCCAACAUCAGAUGGUCACGGCGAAAGUCGAUCAAUUUCUACAGUCCUCGCCCUUGUCCGCAGCCAAGAUGGGAAGAUCGUCUCCCUGGCGAAAGAGUUUUGUGCUGGUGCAAUUUCCCAGCAUGGGGCCGACAAGCUUCAGGACGGCCUGCUGCUUAUGGCUUUUCUUGGCGUCAGCAUUUGCAGAGAACCUCACUGAGGUUGAUGCUUACUUCAAAGCAUUAGCCGCCGGCAUCGCACCCAAGAAAGCGGUGCGGGGCGCGAGACCAGGAAACUGCACCCAGUCAGAGGUUUUUAACUGCUGGGGCACUGCCAGCUGCUGCGAUCCCGCCGCGACAUGCUAUGAGAAACUCCAUGGCAUCGCCAUUUGCAAGCGAAAUUGUAAAGCAGGAGUGGAUGCCAAUGACCCUGAAGGGUGGCAAAGCCCCUGGUCAUGCGAGGUUCGGGGAGCUUCACAGAUUGCAUCGAAUGCAUUGAACGCUUCGAAUGCGUCUGUGCUUGCUUCCAAUGCAGUGAUCGCCAAGAUUUUGGACAGAAAGCCGUUGAAAUCCAAGGAGCUCCAGCCUUUGAGCUCCGAGUUGGUCUCCAACGCCACCAGAGUUACCGCUCUCACCCUGGGCCGUGGCCGUACCGCGCCCAAGGCGGCCAGUUGGUGUACGGCCAAAUAUUCCGUGAAUUGCCUCGGUAACCCAAACUGCUGUGAUGGCGGCUUCAAGUGCUACAAACGCGACUGGGAAUACGGCGCUUGCCUUCCCAAUUGCCGCCCGGGCAUCCACUGGGAGGACCCUCCGCAGUUUCGUCGACCCUGGUCCUGUGAGGAGGUCAACCCUUGGCAACCGCCCACACCGUCACCACCGCCCCCUGGGAGGUGCACCGCUUCGUACAGCCACAAUUGCAAAUGGACCCAAAAUUGCUGUGAGAGCGGCUUCACGUGUUAUGAGAAGAACAACAGGAGGUCUGGCUCAACCCUGGCGAGGUACGCGGCCUGCUUGCCAAGUUGCACUCCGGGCAUCCACCCCAACGACCCUCCUCAGUUUCGAACUCCUUGGUCCUGCAGUGUGCUGGGCGGUGGGGGCGGCAACCCGCAUUCAUUGGUCCGAGCCGCCCGCGUUCCGAACCUGGUGGACGUGCCGGAGGGUGGGAGUGGAGGCUGUUUGGACAAACCCACCUGUUGCGACCCCAACCAUCGAUGCUACAUGAAGAACAACUUCUAUGCUCAGUGUAUGGCCGACUGCGCACCAGGUAAUCCCUUGGCACUUCCCUUCUUGCACGAAUCGCUGAAAUACCCUAGCAACGCUGACCUUCUGACGUUUCACAUGUAUCGCGCGCAGGGACAUGGAGAUUAUCCACCUCUGAACGUGAACAGCGGCAACCUUGCGGGCAUCAUGUGGUACAUUCAGAACGAAGUCGUGUCUGGAGCAUAUGGAUCCGGCAACAAGUUCGGCAUUGAGCGCAUCCGACGCUUUAAGGUGCACGUGAAAGCAACCCAGACCCUGAUUGACAUCCAGAUGAACUUCGGAGUUCGGGUGGCCUUCGACUAUGGCAACUGUACAGGGCCAGAUUGCAGAUUCGAUUGGGAGAAUUAUGGCUACAACGUGGGGUGCAACAACUUGGGUUCGUUCCCAUUCCCAAAGUUUGAGACAAACUACACGGGUGGAAUCUGGUACAGCCUUCCCGGCGCGUGUCCCAGCAUGCCCUUUUACCAGCAGACCCCAGAAUGCGAAAACUUGCAGCCUGGAGGAAUGUGUCAAGGUCAACCCACUGGAAAAGGUGAUUGCACCUGGAGCUACGAGGACAUAGGUGAAGAGAUCUGGCUUGGAGAACUCUACGGAGAAACCAAGCAGAGUAUGCAGCAGUUUUGGAACAACAGUCAGCUCCUCAGUCUUUGGCCCAUUCGCGUACGAUUGUAUAGCCUGGCAGGUGACGAUCCAAAGGCGAACGAGGAGAAGGUCACAGCAGCCAGACGAUUUUUCGAAAAGAAAUAUGGAGCAACUUGUCAGCGCCAGGCAAUUUUUGGAGCCUCUAAGCGGAAUUGCCAAAUCCUCCAUGUGACUUUGACAAAGACCGCUUUUACCGGCGAUGAGUUUCCCUACCCCGAAGCGCUCGCCGAAAAAAAAGGUCCCGUUGCAGAACCUCUUUCUGGCCUCUUGACAUCGCCUCAUCGCACGACGCAUUGGGUGCUUGGUCUCGAGAUUUACACCGACCUCACGGCGGAUAUGCAGCCUUCCAUUGGCCCAUCUAUGAGCAGGCACCGGCGGACUGCGCUGAGUUUUCGCGAUACCGCGCUGCCGCCCAUUUUUACCAUCGCCAUCCAGACGCUGCAGCAGUUAAGCACGGGGGCCAUCAAUGUGCCGGACAAGAACGAUGAACGUCGUCUAUCCAAGCAGGUCUUGAAUCUCUCGUGCAACUGCUUGUCUUUUGACUUCAUGGGCACCAUCCCUGACGACACCUCUGAUGAGCAGGGUACGGUUGGGGGCCCAGCAUUUCGCCCGAUGGGCCAGAUGGGCCCAGCAUUUCGGCUAGGUUGGAACAUGCUGCGUGAUGAUGGCAUUCCGAAGCUCUUCUUCGACAUGUUUUCAAGGAUCCGGGGGUCGGACGACCAGCCGCCAAUGGUUGGUCAGUUUCUGGGAUAUUUGGUGGUGUUGAGCCACGGCCACGCGGUGCCGCCCUUUCCACUGGGACCAGUGAGGCGAUGGCUGGAGCAGCUGCCCAGCAGCGAGGUGUCCAAGGCCUUGGAUCGCUGUACCGUGGUGCUGCCGCGGCCCGGAGACGGCUGGUACGCGCCGCCCUCCUCCGGGUCGCCUGCAGGCUUCCCUUGGGGUGAGCUAACUCAGAGGGGAGUGAACCAGAUCAGACAGCAGGGAGCUGACUGGGCUGCGGGCAAUGCCACUUCCAAGGUCUUAUUGAGGGCCGCCAAUCGCGCCUGUUGCAUCACCUCGGCGCAGGCCUUUGCCCUGGGGGCCAGAGAGGCCAGCAGCACAUGGACUUCGCCCUGGGAGGUCCUCGUGCAGCGUGGUGAAGCUCUACUGCCACAGCUGGCACCCAAGGAGACGCUGCAGGCAGCCUCGUUGGUGCAAGAGAUUGCUGCAGCACUAGGUGAGACGCCGCCGCAUGCAAGCAGACGCUGGGCAAGCCUAGUGGAGCCGGGGUGUCCUGCGGAGGAAAGUACAGGUCUGAGUGAGGCACAAGAUCUCUGCCAUGCAGUGAUGAGUUUGCCGGAACUUGCUGGAGGUGCUGUGGAAUCUGUGAAACGCCAGAAUUACCUGCACUGGACCCAGUUGAUGAAGCAGGAUGCAGGCCCAGUGAUCUGGCCGUUCCUUGCCGAGAUGCUCCAUGCCUGUGACGUUCGCUUGGAUGGAGAUGACACCGGCACCGUGAUCUACGCAGUGGAUGCUGCCUCACUGGUCUGCCUCGAAGAAGUGCUGAUGCCAGGAAGCGAUCGCACGUGGCCUGAAGCUGGCGCCUCCUUGAGCCUGGAAUUGUGGGAGGUUGCGGGCAGCCCUGUGGUGUCUCUGCGACAUCGGAAUGAGGUGUUUGAGGGAGAGCAACUUCCCUAUGAUCCCUUUCGCCGGCAACUGGAGCAGCUGCGCUGGGAAGAUGGAUGA